UUUUUUUUUUCAUACCUGGAGUAAUUAACGAUACCCUUUUUUAUAUCUAUGACCAAAAAGAUUAUUGCAGUUGAUCUUGAUUUUCCAAAACAAGUAGAAUUUUAUGGACCUAGACCCAAUGAUAAACAUUCUACUUUUCCAAAAAGACAAAAAUUACGAGGAAAAUUACGACUUGUUACUUCUCAACCUACUCGACUUUCUAUUAUUGAAGUUCGUUUUAAAGGUUCAAGUCAAUUAUAUUGGCGAGAUCCUCUUACUCAUUCUUUAUUAGCUAAUAGAAUGCAUGCUUGGAAAACUAUUCGAAAAUCAAAACAUAUUCUAUUACAAGACGGAACUAUUCCAACUGGUGUGACUGAUUUAGGUUUCGAAAUUACUAUACCUGGUUAUGUAUGUCCAACUUAUCAAGCUGAUUAUAUGAAUGUGAAUUAUAUUAUAUCUGCCAAAAUCAUACCUGUAGCCAAAUUUGCUAAAGAUAUUGAAGUAGAAAAAACGAUUGAUAUACGCAAAACAUUGAUGCCAAAAGAUAUUGCUUAUGGAAUGGUCACUGGUUAUAAAGUUCCUCGAACUAGUAUGCAUGGAAAACGUAAUGGUUGUCUCUCUUGGGAAUUCAAAGUACCAAAAUGGGUGUGUAUGGGUAAUGAUAUUGAAUUUGAAGGCGUUUUGAAAUCUUUACAUGAUCAACUUUUGGUGGAUAUGAUUCAAGUGGAUGUAGUACAAGAAGAAUUAUACCAUGAUGAUGGAAGUGAUCAAGGACGUAGACAUCUUACUAUUUGUCCCAAUAUACCUUCAACUUACCUUCAUCCACCAUUAAGUUGUACUAUUGAAUUCCAAUUCCCGUUAUCGAUAAUCGAUAAAGGUACUCUACGAUCAAGUGUACAAGACAAAAAUAACACUUUAGUCAAACGCGAUGUUCUCAAUUACUCUUUGGAUUCACCUUUUCUCAACGUACGACAUUUCAUACGUAUCAUGAUUUAUACCCGAUAUACCAAUCAUCAUGAUAAUCAGGAUAGAAAAUCACCACCUAUUUGUCUUGGGUUACCUAUUUAUAUUACAGAAAGAAUUGAUAUGUCCAAUGAAUUACCAGAUGUUCUUCCAUCCUAUCGAAGUGUAGCUCGUGAUGGUGAACGACUUCCAGAUUAUGUGACUCAAUCAUAUGAUGAAGAUAAUGAACAACAAGUGAAUCAAGAUGAAGAUGAAGAUGAUGAUGAUGAAGAAGAAGAAGAAGAUCAGAAUCGGUCUAAUGGAUGUUCUCUUGAAUUUUUGGUCGAUACAUUUGGACAAUCAAGACAUUCAAGAUUACCUCAACGAACGGGAGCUGACAAGCGGGGAAAAAACAUGGUGAUACAAGAAAGACGAUUGGAUGAUUUUUGGUUAUUGAAAUAGAUGAUUUUAUCCUGAUCAUUAUUAUUAUUAUUAUUAUUAU